AUGACCUCGCUUCUUCAGACUAUGGCUAUUCAGCAAGGACAUCUCUCUCAAGGUUCAGCACAAGCCAAUGCGUUGACACACAUGGCCGCAAUAAAUUGCGUUCAAUGUGGAGAGGGACAUUCAGUGGAAGUCUGCUCAUUGAAUCAACAACCCGUAUACUCUAUUUAUAACGAAUCAUUCGACAACACCUACAACCCUGGUUGGCAGAAUCACCCAACUUUCAUUUGGGGCGGGAAUCACAACCAGGGAGGCCAAGAUAACCAUCAGAACAAUCAUCAUGGGAAUCGAGGCAAUCCUCCAGUUUUCAUUGAUCAGAGUCACAUCUCAGGUAAUUUUCAAAGUAUGCCACCCUACGACCAACCGUUCUUUUCUGUCACUUCUUGCAGUAACUCGUCUUUGGAGACAUUAUUGAAACAUUAUAUCAAGAAGAACAAGGCAAUAAAGCAAUCGCAAGCUUCCUCCCUUAGAAAUUUGGAGGAACAGAUUGAACAGCUUGUGAUCGAACUUAAGAAUAAAUCACCUAGUACGCUUUUCAGCAGUUCGGGAGCAUCGGGGCCAUGUGAUGUGUAUAAGAGACAGGUGCGAAGACAGGACCUCAAUGAACAGCCAAUUGAACAGGAAGUACGGCGGGAUCCUCCACCUUUCCCGUCCAGGCUGAGAAAGAAAGAUGACAGCAAACAAUUCCAGAGGUUCCUAGAUGUACUCCGACAAUUUCAUAUUAACAUUCCCUUAAUAGAAGCUUUGGAACAGAUGUCGAGCUAUGUGAAAUUCCUCAAGGACAUACUUGCUAACAAAAGGAAGAUCGAGGAGAAUGAAACAGUUGCAUUAACAUAUAAGUGCAGUGCGCUAUUUAAAAACAACAUCCCCACCAAAAUGAAAGAUCCUGGGAGUUUCACAUUGCCCUGCUCAAUAGGGGGAAAGAAGGUCGAAAAUGCAUUGUGUGAUUUGGGGGCGAGUAUAAACCUAAUGCCCUUGUCAUUCUUCAAAAAGUUGAAGAUUGGCAACGCAAGACCAACGACAAUUACAUUGUAG